GAUGUAAGAUAGGACUUAGGAGAGAAUUCGCGUUUCUUUCGUGGGAGUGGUAGGACCCAGAAGGUUCUGGUUCUGGCUACAAAAAGAGGAAGGGGUGUGGGUGUUAGUGUAGCGGUUGAUUUGAUUUGAAGAGGGGUUUGGUUUAUCCAAAAACAAAACAUAUCGAAUAUCGAGAGGGGAAGAGAAAGAAAGAUCGGAAAUGGCUUUAAACCCUCAAUUGUUCCCAAAUGGGAUGCCCGUUCCUUUUGUCAACGAGAUGUUUGUUCUCGCUAGAGACGGCGUCGAGUUCGAAGUCGAUAAGAUCCCUGGCCCUGGGAAUCAUGGAGGUCAUAUAAAAGCAAAGGGAACAAUUUACUUGUCAAAUAUACGCAUAGUCUUCGUAGCUAAUAAGCCUAUUGGAAACUUUACUGCCUUUGAUAUGCCCCUGCUUUAUGUUCAUGAUGAAAAGUUUAACCAACCAAUUUUUUUCUGCAAUAACAUUUCUGGUCUGGUGGAGCCUGUGGUUCCUGAAAAUCAGCAUGGCGCUUUAUAUUCCACUCACUCAUUUAAGAUUUUGUUCAAGGAAGGGGGCUUUGGGACUUUUGUUCCCUUAUUUUUCAACUUGAUUGCUUCUGUGAGACAGUAUAAUCAGCAAUAUGAACAAUCCAAUACAAGGGUAGACCGCCGGGAUCCUUUACAAGCAGCACAGACUCCUAUAGAUGAGAUGAUGAGACAUGCAUAUGUUGAUCCCACUGAUCCAACAAGAAUCUUCCUGCAGCAGCCUGCUAUGGAGUCUCAGCUGAGGCGGCGCACUUACCAGUCUUAUCCAGUUGAACACUCUAUGUGAUUAUGUUCUUAGUUGAUAAAUUAAGUUGUUCAAGAAACGAGAAAAGUUCUCCUGCUGAGUUGUGUAUUUAGAGUGUAAAAUUGCAAAUUUUUAAAGUAUAAAGUUACAGGUGAUGUUAUAGUUGUGUAUAUUUCUGAAGUGAGAUAUCUACUCUUAUUAUUUUUCUGUUUUCCCUCCAAAAUAAGUUGGGAAUAUAUUGUGUGGCACAUCUUUUUGUGUUAAACUUACCUUUUUUUCUCCUUC